CUGUACUUCCUGCCUGCCUUAACUUUGCUGUCCGCAGCCAGGCGGCACACAGUGCACACAAGCUUCUGCUUUCAACAGAUGAACACAUAUCCGCCUGGCCGUCCUCAUGACACAGCAGGAGCAGCAGGAGUUCAGGGAGAGCCUGGAGGCAGCCCUGUCCUGGAUGCAGGCCAUCCAAGAGAAGCUGAGGGCCAAUGACAACACCCAGGGGCCCCGGGACGCCCUGGAGGCUCGGCUUAGGGAGACAGAGAAAAUCCAUGAGUCUGAGCACGAGGGGCGUGUGAAGAUGGACGUUGUGCUGGUGGCUGCAGAGGUCCUUCUGCAGAGUGGAGAUGAAGAGUUAAAGAAUCAAACCCACUCUAAACUCAAAGAGCUCAAGGCACUAUGGGAGGAGACCUGCACCUACAUCAUCCACUGUCACAGUCGCAUUGAGUGGGUGUGGCUACACUGGAGUGAGUACCUGAAGGCCUAUGAGGAGUUUGAGCUAUGGCUGACUCGGCAGCAGCGCAGCCUGGAUGCCCGUGUGGAGCUGCAGCUGGGGGUGAAGGAAAAGCUGUGGCAAGUGGACCAGCAAAGGGUGGUAGUGAGUGACAUCCAUGGCCAGGCAGCGCUGCUGGAGAGGCUGCUGGAUGAGGCCGCUGCCUUGCACAACCGCACUCAGGACCCUAGCGUGGAUCCCCAAGUCCAGGAGAGACUUCAGGAGGCCUACAGUGACGUCCGGGAAAGGGCUGAGGAGCGUCUGUUGCUGCUUCAGAAGAAUGCUGAGGAGCACCAGAUGUACCAAGGCUGUGUUCAGAAGUUCCAGUCCUGGCUGCUGUCAAAGACAAAGGAACUUGCUGAUCUGGUGGAGAGGGAGGAUACAGCCGAGAACAGACUCAAAGCCUUGCAGGGCUUGGAUGACAGUGUAGCCAGUGAGGAGAAAACCCUGCAGCACAUUGAGGGUGUGGCGGAGGCAGUGCGGGCCAAUACCUCCCCAGCAGGAGCGGAGGUGGUAGUGGAGGAGGCCGAGGAGCUGAGGCUGGGCUGGCAGAGGCUGAGGCAGAACCUGUGUGAGGUCGGGGAGAGCCUCCGCUCCAGCGUGGACUCCCACAGCCAAUACGUGGCCAGGUGCCACCAACUGGGGGAAGACAUUGGUCGCCUCAGGGGACUGCUGCAGGGGCUGAACCACGAGCUGGAGGAGGGACGCGAGGCUGGAGACAGGGCCGACCACACUGAGGAGCAAAUGGUGGGCCAGUGGAGGAAAUACACGGGUGUGAGGAAUACCCUGUCAGCCAAAGAGUCCCAGGUGGAAGACCUCAAGGCUCAGCUCAAAGAACUUUUCCGAUUUUCGGAGGAUUCCCGCCAUCUUUCUGAUGACGUUCUGGCCGUUGUCAAAGAGCAUCAGAGUGUGAAGUGCCGAGCGGUGCGGCUGUGUUCAGAGUCGGAGUCGGGGCUCAGGAAAAUCCUGCAGGACCCGCUGCUGGUGUUCGCACAGUGGAGCCACAAUGUCUCCCAAGUUCUGGAAGCUUCUGCUGAUGUCACAGACUUCUCCCACAUUGCCAUGUUGGUCCAGAGCAUAGAGCGGUUGCUGAAGCGUAGCGUUCAGCUGCAGGAGCGUCUCAGCCUGCUUCAGGUGAAGGGGGAUCUGCUUGCCUCAGUGUUCGACCCUGAGAGGACUGAUGGCCUGAUGGGGGACCUGAGCGCCGCUAUCAGGAACCGGGAGCUGCUGCACUCCCAGCUGCUGCAGAGGAAGAGCAGGCUACAGGGCUUAAUCUCAAGAACCAAGGACUUUGGAGAUGCCUACGAGUCAAUCCGCUCCAAGCUGACAGUCCUUCGAGACAGAUUUGUUGCUGUCGAUGCUCUCCUGCCUGACAUCCUUGCAAAGAAGAGUCAGUUGGACCAGCUCAGGGUGAUCCAGAAGGACCUGGAGGACUGUGAAGCCCAUAUUACAGCACUGGAGACCCUGGUCUCAUCCAGUCCCACUAACAGAACUCAGUUUGAGAGGCUGUUUGCUGACUGGAAACUCCUUUACAAGGCAGUCAGGGUGAAGGCGAAUGAAAGUGAGGAGAGCAUUGCUGAGCAUGAGAGCUUCCAUGACAGCUUGCUGAAUGUGGAGAAGUGGCUGAUGAUCAUGAAGCAGAAGCUGGAGUCCUUCCGCAUUCCCUCAGGAGAAUGGAGCAUUGACAACCGCCAGCACGAGGCUGAGAGGGCACUAGGGGAGUUUCCAGAGAAGGAACUUCAGCUGCAGCAGACGGAGGCCCUGGGUCAGCGGGUUUUGAAGAGGACUUCAGAGGAGGGACAGGUCCAUAUCGUCCGAGACUUGAAGCGCCUUGAGGAGUCCUGGUUGGCCCUAAACAACCUCAGUAUUAACCUCUACAGGCUGCUGAAUACCUCUCCAGAGGAGCCAGAUUCUGACCUGUGGAGACUUAGAGGCCUGACAGGAGACAAUGCAGCCCUAACAGCAGAUCUCGGCCUUGGGGAGGAAGACAGCCAGGACAGGGGAGCAGAAGAGGAAGGGAGGCUGAUGGUUGACACUGGGGAGAGGAUGAGUUAUGGCCAAGCUGGGUGGAUUCAGGGCCAUGCUGGAGGACAUCUCAGACUGGUUGGAGAAGACGAAAGUCAUAGCCUCAGCCAGUCGAAAACAGCUGAAGAAAGUGGACAUCCCAUUGAAGAAGUAGACUUCUCAGCUUGGACAGGGCAUAUUCACAGCCGAAUUAGCCAGAAAGGCCAGAGCUCCACAGGGGUUUCUAAAGACUCCAGAGCUGAUGGAAGCUCUAAAAAUGGGAGGCCAACAGGUGAAGACAGCAGCAACUUGACUGGACAGAGUCGGGGGGCAACAGUAAAGGUCUACUAUGGUGAGGGUAGCGGAAUGAACUCCGGAGAAGGCAGAGAGGAAGCAGGAGAAACCCUAGGCCAAGGAGGAGGUGCCUUCAUGUUGUUCAGAAGGGAUCCAGCCAAGCAGCAGUCAGCAGCACCAUCAUCACCACAUAAAACGGUGAACGCAGGGCAGUAUGAGACCCGGAGGAGGGAGUUUGAAGCAUGGCUCCAUAGUCAGAAUGAACUCCUCUCGGGGAUCCUCAGUACCAAAGGAGCAACGCUCAGCACUGAAGACCUCAAGGUCCAGCGGGACACAGUGAAGUCUCUUAGGGCUGGAGUGGGUUGGGGGCAGGAGCAGUUCCAGCUCUUGCUCCAGGAAAGCCAGGGCGGUGAGGCUGGGUCUGGCCCAGUAGAGGAUGUGGGUCUGGAAGAGCUGCGCUACCGAUGGAUGCUCUACAAGUCCAAGCUGAAGGAUAUGGGAGACCUCAGGGCCAGACUCAGUGUCAAGGGUGUCACAGCCCCAAAAGAAGAGUCUGCCAAAGUAAAACAUGUGCAAAAGAAGCCCGGGUUGCUGCAGCGCGUGUGCCGAUGUGCCCUUCCUCUCUGGCUCCUCUUCCUCGCUCUGCUCCUGCUGGCCUUCCUGCUGCCUUUCAUGGACGAGGGCAACAGCUGCUCCCUGUCCAACAACUUUGCCCGCUCCUUCAACAUCAUGCUCCGCUAUGACGGACCACCGCCCACAUAGGAAGCUUCAUGUGGGCCUCUGAACUUCACACCUCACUUUGUGCAGAAGGUGAGGCUGCUGCAGCGGAGCUGUCGGUAACGUUGGAGAUGUCGCCUGAAUGACUUGGUCUCAUGUCUUCAGUCCCCCAUUUUCCCUGCUCUUUAACCUUGUCUUGUUAUGACGGACCACCAUGUGCAGAAACCUUGACUGGACAGCACAACUUGGACUCUUAUACACCCUUGGGCUUCAGAUUCCACUUUCCCCUACAACCUCAACAUCUCACUCACACCACUACCACCUAAACUGAGCUACAAAUCUCAUUUUAAAAAUACAUCCUGCUGUCAGUGCCUCUGAUCCAGGGUGCAUUUGAAAAUUCACUCUGGUAAUAUCAGUGCGCCCCCUCAGCUCUCUCAUUGAGAAUAGGGCUGGGUCAUAAUUUUCAAAUUUUUGAAUAGUCACAAAAUUGUGAAAAAAAAAAAAAAAAAUCCAAUAGUUUAUGCGACUAUUGUCUUCCCUGACAGAUAAAAAAAUAACACAUGUUCCCUUGUUUUUACCAGCACCUGGUAGUAAUGCAAGAGCUUGUGUUCAGUUGGGCUCACCUCUGGACAGGGCAGUAAAGCAUUUGCUAAUUUUUUACGAUGUUUUGAGGAAACCUCAAACCUACUACUCCACAUGGCUGUUGAAGAAUGCUUAUCAAACUUUUGUCAGCGUUACCUCUGAUAAAAAUAUAAGGAAACAAAAACACACCCACUCGUGCCUACCUCACACUCAGGAGCAGAGGCGUGGCGCUCAGGGAUAUCCCAUCAAGUACCUGGUCAAAAAAUUGUCAAAUAAUUCCCGUUAAAAUCUCGAAUAGCAUUUUUGCCUGAAAUUCUCAUCCCUUGGGAAAUGCUGAGCCCUGUGCACUCAGAGCCACACUGCCCACCCCGCCUGUUGAGCAACAGAUCCUCAUGUUCCCCAUAAUGGAUGACAUUAUGGUGAAAUGCAGCAGCUGGGUUAUUUAGCAAUCUAAAUAGCAUUAUUCAACACGCAGCAACUUGCAUUAACAAGGGCAUAUCAAUCAUGUUUGUGUAAGCAAUUUCAAAAUAUCCAAAUAAACUAAUACCAGGGCUAUAGGUAGCUAACCAGCUAGAGUAAAUCUAGCUGUUUAGCUACCUAUAUCACAUAUCUAUAUCACAACAAUAUUUCUGUUUGCUAACUUGAUACUCUGGCUAACAGAUUUCUCAUUUGUACAUUUCAAAAUAAUCAUGUGCCCUGCCCGAGGGGAGCUCCCUGAUUCCACAGCAGAGUCCAUUUCCAAACGCACCCCCAGUGUUAUUUUCACGCCAAGCUCCACCAUGAUGGGGCACCGUCUAUGUAGGACACCGGACUACGCAGUCACACCUCAGCAAUACUGAACUUCAGUUCCCACAUUCCUUUGCAGCUUCCAAAUCCGGUACUGUAUAUCAGACACAUGCCCGUGAUGCACAGCAGGCUGCGGACUACAAAUCCCUGAUCUAAAGAGCACACAUCACCAUGUAGCUAUUACACGUCUGACGGCUUUAACACCUCUGAACCAAAGUCAUUCUCCUCAUGUUUUAGCGUCAUGCUGAUGGAGGGGUCAGUGGCUGCUGCACAUAGAAAGCACACCCACACUAAGUCCCAUAGGAGGUGAAUGGACUUGUUGACACUGUAGCUUGUAGUGGUGGCUGACUGCUGCGCUAACACUUAACUGCAGCAUUAUAAGCUCAAUGCAUGGCCAUUUUAAUCAGAGCAUAUAACCACUGGGCAUGUGUUUCUUUAAUGCUAUGAUGUUAAAUUGAAAAAAUUUUGAGAUGAGUGUUAUCUAAGAAAAGUUUAUCUGUGGGCUCUAGUGGGCUUAAUCUGGUUGAAAUGCAUUGCUGUGCACUUGCAGUAAAGUGUUAUCACUGCUUCACACUCCACUAGCAUCUAGUGUGUGUGUGUGUGUGUGUGUGUGUGUGUGUGUGUGUGUGUGUGUGUGUGUGUGUGUGUGUGUGUGUGUGUGUGUGAGUGAGUGUGGGCAGCCUGCUGAUGGAGCUGUCCUCCCUCCCACUCUCUUCCCUACUCAAAUACUUUGACACAGUAGCUCAUGGAAACCAAAUUCCCCACUCUGAGUGAUGGCUGAGAAGGAUGAGCCGAUGCUCCGCUUUGCUUAUAUUUGCAGAAUGUACUUUGACGUACCAAAAAUCUUCAUUUUUGGUUUACCUUAUAGUCUACAGAAUGCUUUUUUAUUCAUUCUUUUGUCCUUGCAUGUGAGGUAAACAUAGUUCAAUUUUUGUUUUAAUCUUGCACAUAAUACCUGUUUGUACGGUGUCUAUGCCAACUGCUCUGUUUCUGUUGACAAGAAAAUGGAAGGGUUAAUGUCCCUCACUGAUCCAUCCAUGUGUCAACUAAGGCAAAAGAUUUCAUUUAGAUUAUUUUAAUUCUUUAAAUUUUUUAAAUUUUAUCAAUCAUUUUAUCUGGCAAAUUCUUAAAGACCCCAUGAAAUGGACUUUUACUUUCUUGAUUUGAUGCAGUCUCUGCUGAAACAGGAAGUUUGGGUGGGACAUGGUGCAGGGGAGGAUCAUUCACAAGUGGAAACCAACAGGAUAUCAGUUUGCAGGAGAAGCACAAUUUCAUUUGGAGGGAUUAGGUGGAUGAGAGAAGAUUUAUGAAGUUUUUAUUGGUUGAAAUUUGCACCCAGUCAUGCAGGAUGAUGUCACCAUUUGAGGUCCUCUGGUUUACAGGAGGAAGACGUGAGGUCAUUUCAUGGGGACUUUAAACGGUUGUUUGCACACGGGUCAAGGUGGUCACCAGUUUAUAUUUUCUUUAUGCUCGACUUUUUUCUGUGGGUCCUUUUUUUUUGUUCCGCACAACCGUGUCAUUUCAGCUGCUCAGCCGACUUUAUAAAUUGCAGGCUGAGCAUAAUGAUAAGUCUUUCACGUGGCCUAAACCACCAGUGAAAACAAAGAAAAGCGCUCCACCUUUGCACCUUACAUUUUCUUGGACCACAAUGCACUGCUGAAGCCAAAUUGAGUCUCUUUUUUUAUGUCUGAGUUAUAAAAAUGGAAAACGCUUCUGCUCUGGUAUCUUUUUGUAAACUGAAAUUUCAUAAUGUUAUCCUGUGUUCUCUCUCCAGCUGCUCCAUCAGCACUGCCAACACACAUUCACUCACAAACACACACCCACACAACACUCUCUCCCUUCUUUCUGGCCCUGGCUUUUUUGUUUCUUGGCUUCACGUGUUGCUAUGGCAAUCAUGACCAAAUGAAGUUAAUUCUCAGAGAGUGACUCUUUGUUUGUAGUAACUCCACAAAUAGUCUGGUAUGUUAGGAAUUUAAUUGUAAGUUCAACUUGAUCACUUUGGUUGUGGAAUCACAGGCGGGUGGUGGGGAACAGAGCAGAAGUGACAGCUUGUUCUCGUUUUUCUGAUUUUUUUUUUUUUUUUUUUGCUGAAGAAAUGCACAUUCUGUUGGGAAUGUAAAGGUGUAGCUUUUUAACAUCAUUUAAUCAUGUUAAUGAGAUUUUAAGUAUAAUUACCUUAAACAAAUGAGAGAACUGUUGGCCUCUAGCAGCCUCUACACUGCAUUUUGAGCACCUGGAUGGGAUUUGAAGGGAAGCCUGCUGGAUUGUGUUAUAGCAGAAAACAAUAAUAGAUAUAAAGUUUUUCAAAAUGGGUGAACUAUCCCUUUAAUUUGGAGAAACACUUGCAUUAGUAUUUCCCCUUGUGUGACAUAGAGGCUGUCAUUCAUCACCACGGUCUCAUUUGUUUUCAGUAAUUAUACCAAGACAUCACUGUUAAUUUGAUAAUGAUAUAUUGAUGGGUAAGAGUGCAACAUGUAGCACCUUUAAAUAGAUGUGCACACCACAUACACAACACAGUAAUGAAGAUGUACAUGUAAUAAUGGCCUUGGAGCUCUUAUUUAUAUCACAGUAUAAUCGAGUUAAUCAGCUGUACUCUAUGCCAUAACCAGGCGUAUUUAUUCAGUAUCUAGCUUUUCUAAACCCCGUAGGAAGAAUGCACUGCAUAACGGUUACAUAGUCACAGUUACACAGUUACAUCAAGUUAAGGUGUAGUCAUGCUCCUGUAAUGGAACCAAUGCUGCAUUGUAUAUUGUACCAGUAAUUAUACGGCACCUAUGCUUAUUGCACUGCUCUAGUCUGUUAUUAUUCUGCAUGUGUCCCUUUAGACAAGGCUAUGCAAUGUCUGUUCACACAUACCUUAUGCAAAAUGGUCAGUGACUGGAAUCAUAUGAGCAGAACUGGUUCCUUUUGAAGGAUGAAAUUAGAAUCCCUCUCUCCAGUGUGUGGAUAAUCAUCCAUACAGAAGAAUAACAUUCACAAUGGACAACAGUUGCUUUAAUAGAGUUGGUGAACUUGUUAUGCAAAUAAAUCCUGAUUGCCAGUGUCGGCUUGGCAGAUGGUAUUGAAUAUUUAACGCACACACAUGAAGAGCAACAGUGGACUGCUUUUUGUAAAAUGUAAAAUCAUUCUUUCUUUUUUUUUAUUGCUGUCUUGAAACAAAGGAAUGAUGCUUCACAUGAUUCAAGAGAGCUUGUAUUUAACCCAUAUAUGAAAUCCUAUUUUUUAUUCUGUUGAUACUGGAAAUAAAUAUGCAGUAUAAACA